UUGUAGCUUGGCGUCGGUUGCUUCGCGUUGCUUGUAGGGCAAAUGACAGACGAAUAUAAGCGGUGUUCUUGUUUUCUUUCUUCGUUUAUAAAGGAAUCGUGAGUUUUCCCCGCUUUAUUGGUAUAAUUAAUCUGUUAUGUGUCAGACUGUCAGAUUUGAUCGCCCACUGGAUUAUACGAGCGCUGUGAAGCAGCUGACAUCGUCCUAAAUCGGAAGGCAUUCCUGCACAGAUCCUUAUCAUCACACACACGAUGGAGCAUUUAUAAACGAGUGGCCAAUAUCUGCAUCUGAACCGCGGUGUAGGCGUGUGUUAGCUCGGGGCUGUGAUGUCUGUGAGCAGCUGUCAAACCAGCUAACCUCCGCUGGCUGUAAACCCCGGCUGAUCUGCUCAAAUGAGAGGUUAGAUCAGUGCAGUGAUUUAGGAGAUGGGUGAGUAUGAGGACCGUCUGCAUGAGCUCGAGGGGGAGGCUAAUUAUUUCCCCCCUCCACCGCGGCACCCAGGCGGCCGCGAGCGACUCCACAUCCAGAAGAGCAGCGUCUGCUCCAGGGCGUACUUCGUGGUGGUCAUGGCCUUCUUCCACAUCUAUAUAAUAAACAUCAUAGCUUUGCUGCUUUAUGUGCACUAUAACACGGGGUCUGGGGAGCAGGAUAUACCCCUGGAGAACAGUGCUAGUGCCCCUCGACCCAUGCCUACUGAGCACCGGACCCCAUCCUCAGCAAACCUGAGCCCUGAGCUCUCCUUCCAGCUGCCGCGCCUGGAGGGCAUCCGGGUUGGACAUGUGCAAAGAGUUUCUCUGGUUCCUGACCGGACCCAUAACAUGCGCACCCUCAGCUUGAAGCCUCUGCUGUUUGAGAUCCCGGGGUUCCUGAGUGUGGAGGAGAGCAGUGUGGUGAUGCAGCUGGCCCAGCUGAAGGGCCUGACCCACAGCUCUCUGCUCACAGCGCCAGACAGCCAGGAGGAGCAGCUCACUGAAGACCAGCUCUUCAGCCUGCUCGACCUCAACCAGGACGGCCUUCUGCAGAGAGAGGAGAUUUUGAGUCUGUCCCAUUCGACUGAUGGAUCUUGGCUGAGCUCAUACAAUUUACGGAAAAUCCACACCGGGCUUGAGACCAACCCUUCUGGUAAAGUGACCCGUUUAACGCGACUGCCAUCCUCAUUGGUCGAUCUCAGCGAGCCAAUGGAAGUCGUCCGUUAUGAGCAGGGCGGCUACAGCCACGCCCACCACGACAGCGGUCCCACCAAUCACGACAGCAGCUGCGCCCACACACACCUGGCAGCUAAUAACUCCGCCUCCAAGCAGGUCGCAUGCAGGUAUCUGACGGCCUUGCUGCAUCUGAACUCGGCGGAUGGAGGUGGAGAGACCAGCUUCCCUGUGGCUGACAACAGGACAUACGAGGAGGAGGUCUUAGGUGAUCUCUCUCAGCAGUACUGUGAUAAAGGUAAUCUGAAGGUCAAACCUGUAGCUGGAACCGCUCUGCUGUGGUACAACCACCUCUCAGAUGGCAAUGGUUGGGUUGGAGAGCUGGAUGAAUUCUCUCUGCACGGCGACUGCUUAGUCACUCGGGGCUUCAAAUGGACAGGAAGUGUGUGGGUGAACAUCGACCCUGACCAGCAGCGGCAGGAGCGCUACCAGCGUCUGGUCUCAUGGCAUCCAGACGGCCAAAGCAAAAAGCCCGAGCACGGAGACCUUCACCAAGACCUCUGAACCAGACGAUCAGACAGCUGAUCCAGAUUCAGUUUCUGCUAAUGUGAAGCCUUGUUUAGGAAAGUAAAAGCUGGUGCAGUAAGAGAUACCCGCUGCUGUGAGCUUUACCUUUAUAUAGCUGUCAGCCCCUGCUCCGGUGACAUAUCAUUUAAUAUUCAUGAGUUCAACGGGGAAAUUGCUUUCAAUAAUAGCUAAACGUUCACUGAUGCAUAGUUUGCUGGUGUCGCACAACUUAUUUAUUCCCUAUUUAUGAAAGCGUUUUAGUCAAUGUGGUUCAAAGUUAUUAUUUAUUUGUCAAUUUGCUAUUUAUUUAAUUAUUUAUUAUUUAUUCAUAUAUAUCAAAUGUGGUGUGUACACACACACAUAUAAAUAUAGUCACAUAAUGUGUGUCUAUCUCAGGUUUGGUUACGCACAGGUUGUCUUUUUCCAUUUUAAUGCGCUAUUGCAAGCAAAGAAAUAGUCAGAUAUGUAAGUUAAAUUAAUUAUGAAAUAAAUUCAUAUUUAUAGAAGA